UUUGAUUUUCCAUUUUUCUAUGACAGAUCUCCGAAAAAGCGAUUUCAUUUUUUGAUUACGGGGUAAAAAAAACGAUGACGAUAGAUUGGAUAGAUGAUAGGAUGGGACGAAGGGAUUUUUUUUUCUUUUUGCAUGGGGAGCGUUAGAGGGGGGAACAUUGGGAAAAACAAUGAGUCGAUGGUUACACUUGAGUGAAUGUCUUCCAUUCAUUUCCCAGCGCCCCAAAAUCUUUCAAACCAUGGCUGGCUUUCUUUUUGAGACUCCACCGUUCGUUUUUUUUUUCUUCUUCUUUUAGCUGAUUUCUCUUGCUGCUCCUUGUCUCUCCCUACUCUUUUUUACUUUCCUUGCCCACCAUGUCUGUCUUCCGUUUGGCUACACAACCACUUCGCUCUAGUCGAAAAUUAUACAGUACCGCAACGUCCACGCGUUUGGCUUCCGUGGCUUCCCCUCAACAGCCGACCGCUGCCGCGGCCACCAAGGCAGCUGCCGGUAGUCUGUCAGCAGCAGCGAUACACGCCAGUGGCCCUCUCAGAAACGACUGGACACGUGAAGAAAUUCAAGCCAUCUAUGACUCGCCAUUCAUGGAUCUCAUGUAUUAUGGUGCCAAAGUGCAUCGUGAGAAUUUCAAUGGACGUGAAGUGCAACAGUGUACACUUCUUUCCAUCAAGACAGGUGGAUGUACAGAAGACUGCAAAUACUGCCCCCAGUCAUCACGCUACAAGACCAGCGUUCACGCUCAAAAGAUGCUCGACUCGGGCGCCAUUCUGGAAGCUGCCGUUCGUGCCAAAGAAGCAGGCAGCACAAGAUUCUGUAUGGGAGCAGCUUGGAGAGAUUUGGCAGGUCGCAAAUCCAACUUUAACAAGAUUUUAUCUUACGUGAAAGCGGUUCGAGGCAUGGGCAUGGAAGUGUGCUGUACCUUGGGUAUGCUGAACGAAACUCAAGCCAAACAGCUCAAAGAUGCCGGUUUGACAGCUUACAAUCACAAUCUCGAUACAUCUCGUGAAUUCUACCCAAAGAUCAUUACGACUCGCAGUUACGAUGAACGAUUGGAAACGAUUGGUCAUGCUCAAAACGCCGGUAUUUCUGUAUGUUCCGGUGGUAUCAUUGGCUUGGGUGAACAAGAAGAAGAUCGAGUGGGAUUACUCUAUACUUUAUCCACAUUGCCACAACAUCCCGAAAGUGUGCCUGUGAAUGCUUUGUUGGCCGUUCCCGGUACCCCUCUCGAGAAGCAAGAGCCCGUCUCUGUUUUUGAAAUGGUGCGUAUGAUUGCUACUGCACGCAUUGUGAUGCCUAAAUCCAUGGUGCGUCUUUCCGCGGGUCGUGUCCGAUUCUCCAUUGCCGAGCAAGCCAUGUGCUUUAUGGCGGGCGCUAACUCGAUUUUCACGGGUGAUAAACUGCUUACCACACCCAACAAUGAAGUGUCGGAUGACAAGAAGAUGUUUGACCUUUUGGGUCUGGUUCCCAAACCUCCCAAUUUUGAACAAGGAUCUGAAAAUCCUGAUCAGCCAAUGUACAACGAUGGCAUCAAGAUUAAAGCAGAGGUUCCCGUGUAAAAAAAAAAAAGAAAAAAAUUGUGUACAAUUAAAAAAAAAAAAGCCCACUGGGUCUUUUUUUAUUCAAUUGAUUUGGUUCCAUGACCCCUGACAUUGAACGUUGCAUAGAAACUAAAAAUGGGAUCGACAUUUCAAUGAAUAUGCUUGCAGAAAAAAAAAGCUAUAAUGUUCAAUGUUGCCUGAAGAUCAUCUUGUCAGGAGAAAGAAAGAGCGGGUAAUCAUAUGAUAUGAUGGACGAUGCGCUAUUCAU